AGCCGUUCUAACGCCCCCCCCCCUGUGUUUUUUUUCCUCUCCUCGCAGGAUUCAUGAAUAAAAUUUUUCAUCCCAACAUUGACGAAGCGUCAGGAACCGUAUGUCUAGAUGUAAUUAAUCAGACUUGGACAGCUCUCUACGAUCUCACCAAUAUAUUUGAGUCGUUCCUGCCCCAGUUGUUGGCCUAUCCCAACCCCAUAGACCCCCUUAAUGGUGACGCCGCAGCCAUGUACCUUCACCGACCAGAAGAAUACAAGCAGAAAAUUAAAGAAUACAUUCAGAAAUAUGCAACGGAGGAAGCCCUCAAAGAGCAGGAAGAAGGCACCGGGGACAGUUCUUCGGAGAGCUCCAUGUCUGACUUUUCAGAGGACGAGGCCCAAGAUAUGGAGUUGUAGUAGGAGCCGCGUCCUGCUUUUCGGAGAGACUGUGAUUUCCUAACCAUGCGCUGAGAAGCAGACUUAUAACAUUCAUAUUUAAACAAAGCAAUUUUUUAUUACUAAACAAGGUUUUUAUGAAUAAUAGCAUUCAGAUAUAUAUACAUAUAUAUAUAUCACCCUCUAGAUCUUGAUUUUUUUUUUUGAUUUUUUUUUUUUUUUUGGUCAUUUCUCAGAGCCCGUUCCCCACCCCCCGAAAAAAAAACAGGCAUUGCGGUGCAUUUUCGACAUUCCACUUGGUAGCAAUAUGAACCUGGGUGCAUGCUUGCAUCUCUUCGUAAUUCCAUUUCAGCUGAGUUCAAACUCCCCUUCUCCUUCUCUUCCCCCCCAACUCCCAAAAAAAAAAAAAAAAUCUGCUGCUUUGCUCUGGAGAGAAUCUGGAUAAUGCCCCCCCCCUUUUUUUUUUUAAAUUUUCUCUUCGUCUUUCAAUUGUUUUUUCUUUUUUUCCCUUCCUUUCUUUUUUUUCUAAGCCGAGCGUUCCAAAGACAGCGAAAAAACACCUUUGGAUGCAAACGUGGAACAGCACUUGUGAGAAUGUAAAAAAGUAGAAAAAAAAAAAAAAAUUGGGGGGGGGACAGCGGAGGGAAAGGUGGGGGGAUUUAAACGUGUGCGAUUUAAUCGAUGGAAAAAUGAUAAGGCCAUGAAGUCACAACAGCGCUUCUUCGUUUUCCAACUUGGCUGCCGGUUGAUGAUAAUAACCCUUUUUCAGUGGGAGGUUUUUGUUUUUUUUUUCCAUUCUUUUUUUUUCCGUGGUCUUUCAAAACACACACACACACAAAAAAACCAACAAAGAGCCACCAAUGGAAUGCAUGGAGUUUCUUGAUGUGUCCGAUUUUUUGGUUUUUUUUACGAAGCAGCUGUGAUUCUUGAGUAUAUAAUAUG